CUGAAAGGGUCUUUAGAUCUGCAGACUCCAGUUAGGCAGAAUCCUUCAUUUGUAGAAUGAAGAGACAGAUGUGGUGCUCUCUGCAGCUUUUGCCGCUCUGUGGGUUCUGUGGGUUCAGGCCAGAUCUCUUCCAAUGUCGAAGUCUGGUAUGUGAGGCUGCUUCCUUCAAGAGUGUGGUUUGGCUUCAGCAGGUUAUAUGUUUGCUCUGAUAUCCUUUUAUUUUGAGCAUUGCAUCCAACCCCCAACAAAUGCCAGAAUGUCUGCUGUCAUAUUCGGUAUGGGCUGGAGCUCUGCCUUGGUGUGAAUACCUGAGAUCAGCAGCCUUUGGUUCUUCUCAGGCAGAUGACUCAACUGCUGGAGUUCUUUUUUCCUAUUUGUCCGAAACGGGUUUUCUUUCUUUUUUUUUUUUAGUGAAUAUACAGUUUAUUUAACAUUCAAACUUCGUUAAGACAUGUGCAAUAUGGCAAUUUUACUGGGGAUUAAACCCUACCUAGGAUGAUUGCUUGCUGGGGCUUAACAACAGGGUGCAGUUCACACUUAGCACUAAUUAAAUACUUUAUUGAAUAAAUACAAUGCUGGCUGCCGCCGCCACCACUGCCACCAUUGUGCCAGCCCCUUGGGUCUCUGUGAGGCCGGGUGACGCUCCAGAAUGGGAGACAAGCCAAUUUGGGAGCAGAUUGGAUUCAGCUUCAUUCAACAUUAUUACCAGUUAUUUGAUAAUGAUAGAACCCAACUAGACGCAAUUUACAUUGACGCGUCAUGCCUUACGUGGGAAGGACAACAGUUCCAGGGGAAAGCUGCCAUUGUGGAGAAGUUGUCUAGCCUUCCAUUCCAGAAAAUCCAGCACAGCAACACGGCACAGGACCAUCAGCCCACACCAGAUAGCUGUAUCAUCAGCAUGAUUGUGGGCCAGCUUAAGGCAGAUGAAGACCCCAUCAUGGGGUUCCACCAGAUGUUCCUAUUAAAGAACAUCAGCGAUGCUUGGGUUUGCACCAAUGACAUGUUCAGGCUCGCCCUGCACAACUUCGGCUGACCUUCAGGCACUCACGCUGUUUCCUCCUCCCUCCUCUUCCCAAUACCAUUACCACUCCUCCAGAUGCUCCAAAUAUCAUGCACAAAUGAGCAGGGCUGCGGCGGGAGUGGGCGCAGUGCGCUGCUGCCACCAAGGUGUUGUGCAUGAUGUUUGGACGCUAGACUAGUUGCAUCUGACAGGAGAAGUUUGUGUUGUACCAGCGCAUGCUUUGGAAAGACUUAAGUAAUGCAAAAGGUUGUCCUUUUUUUAAAAUCUACUGAGAAGUUGCUCUAGUAACCCAAAGACGUGAAGGAGAAAGCAGCUGCCUCACCGCCCAGAAGUUGAUUUGUUCAGAUGUUUCAAUGCCUCAUGAAACAAUAAAACCACAUAAAUUUUCUUAACAGUUUUAAAAAA